AUGGCAAUUGCCUGGGCACUAUCGAGACGUUCUGUCCCCUUGAGGAACAUCUCACGACUUUGCAUUUUCUCCAAGUCCAUAUGUACCCACCCAGACAAGAGUCCGAUCGACCAGCCCCUUUAUUUUUCCCCCGUUGAUUCAGAGCCACUUCAUCGCUACCGCCAAGGCGACUACCACCCAGUCACCUUGGGUGAUUACCUGAAAUCUGGAAGGUACAAGGUGCUGCAUAAACUAGGAUGGGGAGGCUACUCGACAGUGUGGGCGGCCAGAGAUCAAAGGGAUGAUGUUUAUGUUGCUGUCAAAGUUUGUGUUGCAGAAAAGGACCAUGGUGGGGAGACGCGAGAGCUCCAAACUCUGAAGAAUUUGGGAUCCCAUCACCUUCGUCUAAAAUAUACGGUGCACCUGCUUGAUACCUUCGAUCUGAGAGGCCCAAAUGGAUCUCAUAAUUGCCUGGUAUAUGAGCUUUUGGGAUCUAACAUUCCGGACACAAUUGAUGCACACUUCCCCGGCGGGAGACUCCCUGGGAAACUAACGAAACUCAUUGCGAAGCAAAGUCUUAUCGGACUUGAUUGCUUACACCAACAUAAUAUUGCACAUGGAGAUUUGCAUACUCGCAAUUUAGCCUUUACUAUGCCUUGCAUGGACAAUGUAACCGAAGAGAAGUUCAUGGAGAAGCUAGGAAAGCCAGACAUUGGCUAUGUCCGAAGGCGUGACGGGAAAGACCUAGAGCCUGGAAUACCUGAGUAUAUCAUUAGGCCUACCUCAUAUCGGGCGUAUUGUUGGCAUUCGGUCCAGUCGAUCAAAAUAAUCGACUUCAGUGAAUCAUUUUUACGCUCUACAAUCCCCCAGACACUGCACACCCCUUUGCCUAUUCGGGCACCGGAAGUUAUAUUUCAAGAUCGCAUUGAUUAUCGUGUUGACCUAUGGAGUUUGGGAUGCAUGCUCUUUGAACUUUUCGUGGGACAGCCGCCUUUCGAUACCUUCUUGAUAACACCCACUAUCCUCGUUAGCCAGAUGCGAGAGAUGGCAAGUGAUGACUUACCUGAAAGAUGGCACGAGAUAUGGGAGACGAUGAAAGCAGAUAACGGUGAACCCACAGAAAGCACCGUGCCCAAUUUACAAGAAUGGCUGGAAGAAUUGUAUUUCGAUAGCCCGCAGAGUCCCGAUCUCACCAGAGAGGAUAUCUCGAGGCUAGGGCAAAUCAUUGGAAGGUUAUUGAUGUUUGAGCCGUCAGCGAGAGCUUCAGCAAGACAAGUUUUGGAUGACCCUUGGUUUGAUCAGUAA